AUGGAAUUCGCCCCACAAAUAAUUAACAUCACUCCUAAGAAUCAAGCGAUUAACUUUUUCUCGCAAUAACUUCAGCAGAAUAAUCAAAGCACUGACUUAAAUUACCUCUAGUACGAAUCAGGUGCUAGAGCUUUCUACAUUGUUUAAAAUAACUAAUACAAGGACAUUUCUUAGAGCAUUCUGAGUUCAGAUAAAAAUAAACUUUGGCUUUCCCAAGAUAAACUCAGCUUCCCACACACUAUCAUCCUAGACUUAACCUAGGUAGACAACAGGCCAAGGUAUUUCAGAUUUUUUGGAAUUCACUGCUGGCAUGCUUAUAAUUCCAAUCCUGCCAAAAUUAAAUUGCAUAUAUCAAUGGACUCUAGAAAUUACGUUUAUUGGCAGAGCUUUAACCCAGAGAUGAAAGCUGGCAAUCAAGUUUUUAAACUUAAAAACAAGAUUGGAGGGAACGAUCUCAACUACAUCAAGAUAGAAAUCUUAUGCUGCCACGGCAAUUCUAAUGACAAAGUAUACUUAAACCAAAUAAUGAUGUAUGAGACUUAAUAAGAGUCUUAAAUGAUGAUGUUUCCUUGUAAUUAAAGAUCGAGUAUCUCAUCAGCUGCCUCAUCUAAUCAAGUCAGUGAAGAAAAUGCCACCCAGAUUACUGGUAACACCACAGCCUAUCAAUAAUACAACUUUUAAAACCCAACUAACUAGACCAGAACAAUAGAGACCUAAUUUGAUAUGGAUUAGCCUCUUUCUUAUUAAAACUCUAUUGACUCAUCUUACUACCCAGCAUUAGAUUUACCUCAUGGCAAGUUAAACAAUUCAUUUCAGAGAAGGCUUGAGUAUAUGCUAAAUGAAUUAGAUUUGCUUUAAUAAUAAUCAUUCGAGCAAUUCUAAGCUAUAAGGUAGUUAAAAUCUAAUAUAGCGAACGAUCCCACUUAAUCUGAGGAAAGUGCUGAUCUUAAGCUGUUCCUAAACGGACUAUAAAACGGCUACUAAUAGAUCUAGACUCAAAUGAGCAUCUUGAAUGAAAAGAUUAACAACUUCUAGCAAACAGUGCAAUACACAUAGUCUCAGUAUCAUAACUAAUAUUCUUAGUUUCAAUCUCAGGCCAAUUUAAACCACCAACAUAAUAAAUCAGUAGAAUAGUAACACCAAUAGAAUUUAAAUGGGACUUCAACCUUCAGAAACAGAAAUGAGCAUUAAGACAAGAGCUCUUUAGUCCAAUAGUGUGUUCAACAAUGUUAACAGUACAUAAUGAAUGAGUUUUAGAAGAUGAUGUCAGAUCAAAGUACAGUGUAAAAUCAGGUCUUAGAUAACAAAGAAAAUCAGCCCUUAAAUCUUUAAUAAAAGAGCUAAAGACUUGAGAAGUCUCUUGAGCAGAGAAUAGAUAGGUAUAUAUCUUCAUAGUAAAAAGAUGCCAGCUAGAAACUUUAAGAAAUCUAGGUUUAAGCCAAUAAUGCCACUAUGCCCCAUACAUAGUAAGUCACAUAGAGAACUAACAACUCGAAGUCAACUUAAAACGAUGUGCAAAAGAUAGCCCAAGAGCUGUAGGUCAAAUUAGCAAUCAAAGCUAAAAAACUCUAAGAACUUUAGGAUAGGGAGGAGUCCAAGAUAACAAUUAGUUCAAGAGGGUCAUGCUAAGAUAGCGAUGAGAGUUCUGUAAUAUCAAACUGCUCUAGUUUGCUAAAGAUGAAUAAAAAUCUCAAUGAUCACAGACACUAAAAUAUUUAGAUACCAAAGACUGUCUAAAAUCUUUCAAAGAUCUUCUAGUACAAUAAUCCCAACACUAAUGAUGUGAAUUUGCUUGAUGACGACGAUGAUGAACAAGAAGAAAUGGAAUCAUAGAUAGAGAAGUAUUUUAUUUCAUCAAACAGAGAUGAGGAAGAGGAAAAUGAUUAUUGCUCUUGA